AUGAAAAAAACAAGCAAAUCAGAGUCUUCUACCUCUACGACCACCCUUUCUACGGGUAGAGUCAGAUGGGACAGGAGUGACGUCCUCAAUACGACCAAUCUUGAUUCCAGAACGGGCAAGAGCUCUAAGAGCAGAUUGAGCACCAGGACCAGGGGUCUUGGUACCGGUACCACCAGUAGCUCUGAUCUUGAAGUGGAGGGCGUUGAUACCAACCUCCUUGCACUUGACGGCAACGUCUUGAGCGGCCAACAUGGCAGCGUAAGGAGAAGACUCGUCGUGGUCGGCCUUGACCUUCAUACCACCGGUAACACGAGAGAUGGUUUCACGACCGGACAAAUCGGUAACGUGGACGAAGGUAUCAUUGAAAGAUGCAAAGAUACGAGCAACUCCGAAGACAAGCUCUCCCUCACGGGUUUGGAGACCAAGGGUGACGUUUUCUGA